AUGACAGCUGUAAAAGGGCUGACAACUCUGGGGUUUGGUGAAAGGGAAUAUGAGUUUUUAACAAGGAGCCAAGAAGGUGGACCAUCAUCCCAGGUGUCAACGCCUACUCCGCAAGAAGGUGAAUCAUCAUCCCAGGGUAAUAAAAUCUACAAAGGAGCCUUUGAUAUUACAUGGGGCAAUAACGACAACUACUGGAAACUACCAGCGGAUGAAAAGUCACCUGCAGAGCUGAAGCGGGUGUGUUGGCUUCAGGUAACCGGUAAAACAAAAGUAAAAAGGGGGAAGUCAUAUGAAAUAGAGUUCAACAUUACUUUGAAAGCUGACGGCUUUGGGUGGAAUGGCCUCCCACUUUUUCUGAUGGCUAAGAUUGGGGCAAAGGGAAAAUCCAUAUGGAAAAAGAUUAAGCCACUGGAGCAGACUACAGAUAAUAAGACAUUUGAUAUUCCUAAGCCUGACGAAAAGUUCAUCGUUAAAAUUCCAGAUAAUAAAGGUGACGAGGAACAGGACCUUUUCUUUGGCUUCUAUGAAAUUUGGAGUAACAAAUGGAAGGGAGGAUUGCUUAUUAAUUAUGCAACUGUUAAAGAAGUAAGCGAACCGAAUUAAGCUCUGUUUGUGCUUAGCAAAAUGUUGCCAAAUAAGAGACUAGAAGACAAAAAGAUAAACUAGCAUUUCGUGCACUGAUAACGUUUUUUAUAUUGUGUGUUGUUUGCCAAACAUAUAUUAAUAAAGUCAUGUUUGUUGCCAAAGUUUUAAAAAAGCUAGCUACAUUAGUUAAAUAGUUUGAUA